AUGGACUCUGCUGUUUCGAACCCUGUCUCAAGCGCAACUUUUGUCAUGGACCAGCGCGCUUUUCGUGCAUGCGGCUCAGGCUUUAUGGGUGAUCUGGUCACCCCUUCCUUGCUCCAGGCUGAACUUGAGGACUUUUACCGAGGAGACCCCCAGUCAUCAGCGGCGGUCUCGUUGCUCCGCUUGCUCUCGGCUCUGGAUAGCCUUCUCGCUCUUCCUGUCGGAUCCUCGGGUUCUCAGGCGUCGCAAAUGCAGUUGCUUUGGGAGUUUGUCUCGAUUGAGCAGGCUUUGUCGAUAAUCCACACUCCUUCCUCGGACGUCGGCGCCAUUCAUAGGUUCACUCACGACAAAGACCCCGAUGAAAUGUUGGGAUACAUGCGUACGCUGAGGAGUGCGAUGGGGCAGCCCAAACUCGAACCCCUUGCGGUGCUCGAGAACGGUAGCCUCGGUCCAUUGCAGUGGUGGCUCGCCGCCGGUGAAUUCUUUCGCAUUCUAUUCUCAAAGUACGACCUUGCUGAAUCGCUGGCAGAUAACAUUCUUAGCGACCGCGCGAUGCGCCGCCGGGACAUCUACGACAGCGCUCUGCGACUGUUCGGUCCGAAUAUCCUACCUUCGCUCCAGGCGAGUCCCACUGGCGUGGUCAGUCAAAGCGCCUCAAACUUCGACUUCGUCGCGGGAUCGCUCGCUGAGACUGGCGCAUACGCCGGGCUUGGUGUCAGACGGAACUCGUCGCCCGAUAUGCAGGCGUCGGUCGGGAGUACAGCUGCCGCAGCCAGUAGGAGGCUUGUGUCACCUUGGCUUGCUCCGCGCGAGUUUCAGGGGGAGAUCACCUGGCGCAUUGAGGACCUAAACCAGCUUGUUGAGGAUCUCUUACACUGGCCAUCGGGGCAAUCUAUCCCAGAUGCUUUGAUCUGGGAGCACCCGGCAAUGCAUGGGUGUCUGGUGGACGCUACUGGACACACAGCACAAUUUCAGGUGCGAUGCAGCGUAUGUGAGAGACUCGACCGCCGUUGUUAUUGGCGAGGGGCAAAGGCUUGCCUGCCGUGUUUCUGGGAAAAGGCCUCCAAAGGCUCUUGCACCGGGGCCGUGCCUCCCGUCCUAAUGCCGGCGCAAGAGAGGGAGCACAAGCCUCAGUUGGCUCGACGCAUGGACUUUCUGUGGAGGCUUGAGGGUGCAGGUGUGACCAUGUAUCCUGAGCAUCUGGUUGAUGCAAAUGGUCGUGCCGUUUAG